AUGUCUAAAAUACCAAGCCAGCAGGUGGUCAUUGUCGGAAUCGACGCAAAUGCGAAGAUGGGACUCGAACAGCAAUCCGAUGUGCUAGGAAAAUGGUACUAUGCAGCGGAGCGCACGUCGGACAACGGUGACCGUCUGGUCGACUUGUGCGAACUGACGGGCCUCAUCAUCGCUUCCACGUUUAAGAGGAAUCAUCGACGCCAUCGGCUCACGUGGCAGGGGUCAACCCUUUUAACGCCUGAAGAGCAGCGCAGGCGGAAGAUGAGGACUCUUAAACUUCAGCUCGACUACGUUCUGGCGAGUAACAUUCCUCAGUCAGAUAUCCGAAAAUCUGGAGCUGUUUGGGACGUCGCGUUCGACUUUGACCACCGUCCAGUUCUUCUCAGCUUCAAGAUACGGUUCCACAAGAGAAACCGAGGAGUUCCUCUUCAACCGAAAAUCGACAUGGCAGGUCUGAAAGACGAUGAAUCCAGAAGAAAAGUCCGCCAACGUGUGUCUAUUCAUGUUGGAGUACGGACCAGGAAGAAGCUUAGCGAUGCGGAUUCCUUCACAAAGUGCAUCCCGGACGCUGCAAGGGAAACGCUCCCGGUUUUAUUGCCACGGAAGAAGUUUGCCUUUGCAUCUGCGGAAACAAAAUCCAAUUCAUUAAUUACAAUUCUAAGGAAGCUGCGUCGUCAACUGCAACAAGACCUCGAUAACGAGUGGUCGUCAAGAGCGAUGGAGUUUGAGAAGGCGUGGGAGGAGAGGAACCCGCGGAAAGCCUACGCCCUACUAAAACAGUAUAGCGGCAAAAUGAAAAGAUGUUCCCAUGUCCUCAACACUGCUAAUGGGGUAGCUGUCGGUGAAGCAACCCUUCCAAUUUGGAAGGAACACUUCAAGACCUUGCUGAACCGGCUAGCACCGUCAGCUCCUGAACUUGAACACGUUCAUAGACCGAAGUAUGCGGUUAACGAGGGGCCACCGACCGAGUCGGAGGUCAUGGUCUGUAUUCAGAAAAUGAAGAAUGGAAAAUCUGGUGGACGACGGGAUUAG